UGAGAAUACUGUCAGUCAGUUGGGCACGCACCAUCAAGCGGGUCAGAUCUGUUGCUCGUGCCGCUCGGGAGUGAGCCGGAGAUAUACGUAUACCGUUAUAGCGGAUCGGUCAACGGACGCUAAGUCAAAAUCAGACCCCCCACGCUCUACAUCUUGAAGUACAACCAUGAUCUCACAGCUGGGACGGAUUUGGAUAAUUGGUGGUGGAGUGGUGUUGGCAUUGGUGGCUCUUACAGUGGUGUUAAAUCAUUCAUUAGCAUCACCGACUAGCGCCGAAUCGGCUCUCAAUCCAAACGCCAAUUGUAAUUAUACCCUUAUCAAGUCCAAAACCUUGGGUGUGGAUCCCUCCUUUUGGAAGAAGUUCUUCAAACACUGGAUACCCUUCACCAGUACAGCCCGAAGCAAAAUGCAAUUUAUACUUUUCAAGAAGGAUUUUGCGGAUUGCGGAAAAGAAUUGUUCCUCGGCAAUGUGGAAAGUCUCAAGAACUCCGGAUUCGAUGCACGUCAUCAGACAAGAAUUGUAAUUCAUGGCUGGAUGAGUCAGAGCAAAGGAUCCCAUAUCCGUAAAGUGAAAAACGCCUAUCUGAGUCUUACCCAACCCGGUGUUAAUGGCGAACCUGCUCGUUACGAGGACUUCAAUGUGAUUGUUUGCGAUUGGAGCCGGAUCUCUACGAAUGUCAAUUAUUACGAAGUGGCCAAAACAGUGGAGGAUCUGGGAGCCCUACUGGCUGAUCUGGUGCGUUUCCUGCACCUGGAAGCGAAUCUGCACUACGAUGAUGUCUAUGUUAUUGGACAUUCCUUGGGCGCACAGAUUGCUGGCAGUGCCGGAAAGCAAAUUAUGCCAUAUCGCUUCAAUACCAUCUACGCUUUGGAUCCAGCGGGUCCCAAGUUCCGGGAUCAGACCGACGAAUAUCGGAUAGACGCCAGCGAUGCCACCUACGUGGAGUCCAUUCAAACUAGUGUUAGUUUUGGCUUUGAACAGCCCGUGGGGCAUGCCACAUUCUAUCCAAAUUAUGGAAAAAAUCAGAAAAAGUGUUAUGUGUAUGGUUGCUCCCACAAGAGGUCGCACGAUUACUUCAUAGAGACUCUGACGAGUCCAGCAGGAUUUUGGGGUCCUCGCUGUGAGCGUUUUGAUAAUGGUACGUGGAUUCUCCUGCUCAGCGAUGGAGAAUUCCGGAUGGGAGGAGAGCCAUCCGUACCAAAGAAUGGUACUUUUUACAUAAAGACCUAUGCCAAGCCGCCAUAUGCCAUGGGACAUCGGUGGAUGACGGAGCCGGCUCCACAGGAAGAUGAGGAUGAGAACUCCACGGAGGACUGAAAAAUAAUAUAAUCUUGAAUACAUGUUUAAUGUAAAAUGUAAAAUAUUUAUUUUAUGUUUUUGUCCAAAGUUUAUAUAAAAUAGAUGAAAAGUUUCAUAAGA